AUGAUAUCUCUACCAGCUACAAGGUUUCUAGGCUUAGAUCUUCACCUAAGAAGUCACAAGAUUCUAAUUAAUCAACCCGAGUUUAUCAAGAAAGUGCUAAACAAAUUCAAUAUGGGAUCGUGCAAACCUACUUCUAUACCUAUGGACCCUGCGACUCGUCUGACGGCUUCGAUGACGCCAACAUCCGAAGAGGAGAUUUUCCAUAUGGCAAAAGUACCGUACAGAGAGGCGGUCGGAUGUCUGCUCUACAUCUCAAUCACGUGCAGACCAGAUAUAUCGUACGCUGUAAGUCAAGUAGCCAAGUUCUGUCAAAACCCAGGUCGAGCACAUUGGAGCGGAGUAAAGAAGAUCCUAGCCUACCUCUCCGGAACAACUGAACUCGGAAUUAUGUUUGAAAAGAAUGAAACAAGUCCAAUUUCCGGCUACACCGAUGCUGAUUACGGUGAUGAUCUCGACAACAGGUGCUCCACAUCCGGCUCAGUUUUCUUUGUAUACGGGAAUCUUGUCUCGUGGAGCAGUAAGAGACAAAAAUGUAUAUCUCAGUCAACUACCGAAGCUGAAUACGUAGCGGCCUCAGAUGCGUGUAAAGAAGCAGUCUGGCUCUCCAGUCUACUCACAGAGUUAGGAGAAACAGAAGAAAAAUCAGUACCGAUGUACUGCGACAAUCAAAGUGCAAUUUAG